UUUGUCACGGGUUCAUCAUAUGACUUCCUUGCUUUACCCCCGCCAGACCUUCGGCAGCAUUAUUGCCCUGAACAAGGUAAACAUGACCAUCCACAAGUCCCAAGUGACCAUCCUACUCGGGCACAACGGCGCGGGGAAGACAACGCUGAUGAGCAUAUUCACAGGUUUAAUACAGCCUGACAGCGGCGCUGUCCAUGUGGGUGGACGACAGAUGAGCACCUCCGAGGCCCGUGAAAAUAUGGGCUUUUGUCCGCAAUUCGACGCGUUUUUCGAUGACCUCACGGUAUCUGAUCACCUCACGUACUUCGGACUGCUCAAAGGAAUGUCCAGUUCCACGAUUAACGCGAACAUAACGACGCUGCUAAAGAACAUGCAGCUUUCCGACAAGGUGGAUGCUUUGCCACGUGAGCUCUCCGGUGGGAUGAAGCGGAAGCUGAGCAUUGCGAUUGCUCUCAUCACCAAACCGCAAGUUUUGAUCCUGGACGAACCGACGGUCGGACUGGACCCCGAUACGCGACGGGUCAUUUGGAAGGUCUUGCGAGAAUUGCGUGGUAAUACAACGGUGCUACUUUCCACGCACGAUAUGGAAGAGGCCGACGCGCUAGGCGACCGCAUCAUAGUCAUGUACAGCGGCACCGUCAUCUGCUGUGGAACGCCAAGUUUCCUCAAAGAUGCUUGUGGAGUCGGCUACAAGCUACGCAUCUCCAAGGUCCCGAAUGUCUUCAACAGCAAGGCAGUCCUAUCAGCGAUACUGAAGGCAGCACCGCUAGCCGCUCUGGACGAUGACAAAGACAACGAAGCGGUGUUCGCGCUCAACACGAUGGACCGAGACGGCUUUGUGGCCAUGUUCAGCGAGCUCGAAGCUAAUGGCCCGGCGCUGGGAAUUAAGAGUAUUGGAGUGACAGUGGCUACGAUGAAGGAGGCCUACAUCAAGAUAUACAAAGAAUGGGUUGGAGACGCCAAGAAAGACGAGCCUCCUCAAAAGGAUGUGGCCGAUCUCGUCGUGGUAGUUGAGAGGCAACCGAACUGCUGCCAGCGCUUCCGGGCCCUGGUGCAGAAGCGGUUGCUGAUCUUGUGGCGCAUGCCGUUCCUCUUCAUCACCGGCUGGGUCCUUCCCGUGCUCAUCGCCUUCGUGGGGCUGAGCAUCGUCAAGCAGAGUUCCCUCGACCUUCCGCCUGCAUACCAACACAUCGACUUCGACGUCGCCGCAUUCGUCAACCCUGAUCGCAGACUACCACUGAGAACCUUCCUCCAGUCAAACCAGACAACCAACACCUCUCUGGGAUACAGGGUGCUUCUUGAGAGUGAAAAUGUGCCGUUCGACGACCUCGAGAACGCCAAGGAGACCCUGAUGACGAUGUUGGACGAGGACUUCCUCGAGUACGCAAGGACCUACGCUUUCGGCACCAUUUUCAACGGGACGAAAAUCGAAUUGUGGAGUAGCCCGCUCGGCAUGAUCGCGCGAAGCGUCUUGCGCAACAUGAUCGACACGGUGCUCCUGCGCCAACAUACGGGCCAAGCCAGCAGCCGCUUUCGCACGGGGAUCUCGCUGCACAGGCUGACAGAUGAAGAGCUAUACACGGACGACUUUCAUCAGGAUCCCUUGUACGGCCUCUUGGACCGUGCUAUCUACACGUGGGCGUACUGGUCCUUCAUGGGGUCGGUGAGCUUCGGGCUGAUCGUGUCGUCGUUCGUGGUACUGCCGUCGCUCGAGAAAGUCAGCGAAGCCCGGGAGUUGCAGCUCAUGACGGGCGUCUCGGGUUCCCUCUAUCUUCUAACCCAUUUCGUCUUCGACUUGGCCUUUUACGCUGUCCCGAUGGCGACUAUUUUCGUAGGCUACUGCGCCAUUUUGGACCUGUCCUCGGAUACGCUGAGUCCCGGCGUAUUCAUCGGAUAUUUGCAGGCGGCGGGUGCUUACGGAGAGGAAACGAUGCAUAUACCCUUCAUGUUCUUCCCGCCGUUCGCACUUCCGGCGGCGACGGUGCGGGCUGUCAACAUAAAGUUCGAAGUCGCCAUGUGCGACUACCUUCGGAGCAAGAAGAAACUGAAACAGGAGGACUUUGAUUUCUGCAAGGAAGCGAAGACUUACGGCUCAACGAUAAGGCUUUGCUGUAACAGCUUCUCCAUCGCAGUACUGAGAAGUAGGACCCCCGAGGUCUGGAGCGAGCCGGCUGCGCUCUCGCUGUCGCCGGCCGGCAUCCUUCUGGACGUCGUGGUCAUGCUCGCCAUGGGCGCCGCGCUGUUCGCCUACCUCCUGUACCGCGCUUCGGGUUGGUCUCGACUCGGUCGCGAACGGUCGACGCCGCCUCUGCAGACGACCACAGGCGAGGACGCUGACGUGGCCGCGGAGAGGGCCGCGGUCGCGGAUAUAUGCAGACAGAAGCGCUUCGGAGACGAUAACACGCUCGUGGCGCAAGAGCUGCACAAGGUGUUCGGCAAUAUCCACGCGGUGCGGGGACUGUCGUUCGCCCUGAAGCCCGCUGAGUGCUUCGGUCUGCUGGGUGUCAACGGCGCCGGCAAGACGACCACGUUCCGAAUGCUGGUCGCCCUGCUCCGAUUGACCUACGGCGACGCCUACAUUAAGGACGCAGUUUUGUCUCAAGACACUCGCAAGUGGCAAUCGAUGCUGGGCUACUGUCCCCAGGCCGGAGCGCUACUUGAAAAGCUCAGCGCUUACGAGACGCUCUACCUGUUCGGCCGCCUCCGCGGAGUGCCCGAGGAUAAGUUGGCCGCGGUUGUGGAGAACACGAUCGACCUCGUAGACCUCCGCGAGCAAGCAGCUAGGAUAUGCAACUACUAUAGCGGCGGAAACAAACGCAAGUUGUCUACAGCCGUGGCGAUGAUAGGCUUCCCUGAAGUGGUGUUCUUGGACGAACCAUAUGCCGGCGUGGACGUACUGGCCCGGACGCGUAUCCACCGGGGAUUCAUUCAAAUUAAAAGCACCACAAAGAACACCAUGGUGCUCACGUCGCAUAACAUGGAUGAAUGCGAGUUGGCCUGCGACCGACUGUGCAUCAUGGUCGGUGGCAAGAUGGUCUGCCUGGGAACGCUGCAGCGUAUCAAGGACAAGUUCGGCAAAGGCUACAAGCUGCAGUUCUUACGGCCCGAAAACGCAACCGUUGGACCGCAGGAGCUUACCAAAGCCAUCGCCGAUGCUUUUCCGGGAAUUACGAUCGUUGACGAGCAGUGGAAAUCCAUCGAGUGCCGCACGCAAGACAGGCUUCCGUGGAGCCAAUUGUUCAAGAAGAUCGCGGCCCUGGAAAAGAACUUUGCCUUCGAACACGUUCUCGUGUCCGACAACACACUGGAGCAAAUCUUCAUCGCGUUCGUCCGAAAAGAGCAGAAGAACACAGCUCGCAGGGACGCAGUGCCAGCCGCGAACGCGAAGGCAGGCGCAAGCGUAAGUGCUACGGGCACAAAUGCAAGUGCUACAGGCACAAACACAGCUGUUAUAUAAUGUCACUGCAGCAAACACCGUCCUGCACGUCUUUUUGAGUAUAUUCUUUAAGAAAACCUACGUCUUUCGGUCGUCUUUGAAUGUACGAAUUUGAUCUUCUUGAAACGUAAUAAAGAUUGAUUGACUGAUUUCUCGAUCGAUCGAUCAGUUACCUAUUACCAUAAAAGAUUGCUUUGCUAACAGCGACGGUGAUCGGACCAAGUGCUUUUAGAGCGCCCUUUGGAGCAUAGAAGCAACAAAGUCGUCGAUUAGAAGCAAACUAACAGUGGAAAAACAGCACGAUUAGCCUUUACUGACGAAUGCACAGUCCCUUCUUAUACGUUUUACAGUGAAGCUGUUUAUGCUAGGGUACCAUUUUUUGUGUGCCUGUGCAAAAAUGUGACAAUGCAGAAAGGGUCCAAGCGCAAUGGCACAUUCCCCUAUGGAUUUGGGGUGGUGGGCUCCGGUACCUGU